AUGUCGAAUCCAGCAUAUCCAACAACAAGCAGUCUGCCCAUCUUUGCAGGUGAGAAGUAUGACUACUGGUCUACUAUUUUACGUACGUAUUUCAAAUCAAAAAGCUUAUGGGAGUUCAUUGAGUUUGGAUGUCCUGUGUGUAUAACUGAUGAAAAUGAAUCCAGCGGAACGUCGGGGAAAAAGGGGUCUGGAAAGGGUGUUGUUGAUGAGGCUAAAAAAAAAGAGAUAGAAAAGGACAAUACUGCUGUUCUGGUUAUUCAAACCACCGUGGCUGAAGUAAUUUUUCCACGUAUUUCGAAUGCUAACUGUGCAAAGCAGACUCGGGAUAUUCUCAGUACAGAGUAUCAAAGACACUCCAAGGUACGAGUUGUCAAACUCCAUAGUCUUCGUAGAGAGUUGAUGAAUUUAUUGAUGAAGGAAGGUGAACUCAUUAAGGAUUACUACACUAGAGUAAUGGAUGUUGUGAAUCGUUUACGAAUCUGUGGUGAAGACAUGCCUGAUAGGAGGGUGAUAGAGAAGAUUCUUAUUAGUCUAACUCCAAAGUACAACAAUAUAGUGACCACUGUUGAAGAAACAAAAGAUCUAGAUAGUAUGAAUGUUAGUGACUUGAUUGGCUCCCUAGAGGCUCAUGAGACUCGUGUAAAAAUAGAGGGCCUUAAUGUUGAUACCUUGGAGAGUGCUUAUCAAAUGAGGAUGAGUCAAGAAAGUAAUAAGAGUCAGGGUGGUAGUUCAUCUUCUAGUGGUUGGAACAAACGAUCAGGGACCAGGCCUCAGUGCACAUUUUGCAAGAGGGAAGGUCACUCAGAGGAAUCUUGUUGGGCUAAGACAAAACCACAGUGCUCAUUAUGUAAGAAAGAAGGUCAUGUGGAGGAGCAUUGUUGGAAUAAAGGGAAGCCUCAAUGUAGAAGUUGUGGUAAAUUUGGGCAUCUACAGAAAGAGUGUAGAAGUAAAGACAAAGAUAAACAACAAGCAAAUCUAGCCCAGAAGACUGAUGAAGAGUCUUUAUUUCUGGCCUGUUUCAAGACAACUCCGACAAAGAACUCUGUUUGGUUUCUUGAUUCAGGUGCAAGUAAUCAUAUGACAGCCAAUAUAUCUUUAUUCAAAGAGUUGGAUCAUUCAUUCACCACUCAAGUAGUUCUGGGGAAAGGGGAAUCAGUCAGAGUCGAAGGUAAAGGUGUUGUAUCUGUUAAUACCACGAAAGGAAGGUCUUUAAUUCGAGAUGUGAUUAAAAACAAGAAAUUGGUUGUUUCUGUCAAGAUGCAGAGAAAAAGAAGUUUUCAGCUGGAUUUUUACUUUCCAGUAGUGUCUCAAAAUAACUCAGAGCUAGCUUUAAAGAUGACUACAGAAGAAUCCCAUCUGGGGUAUCAAAGGCUAGGUCAUCUGAGUUCUCAAAACUUGAAGAGAAUUCAAGAUCUCAAACUGGUCUCUGAUUUACCUAGAAUUGACGUCAAGUCUCUAAUCUGCAGCAGCUGUAUGGAAGGCAAGCAGAAGCGUAAGCCUUUGCAUAAUGACUCUAUCUGGAGAGCCACAGAGUACCUCGAACUUGUGCAUACUGAUAUGUGCGGUCCCAUGCAUACUCCUACUUCGGAGAACGUAAAAGUAGGACUAUUAUGGAGAUGGCAAAGACUAUACUGGCUGGAAAAAAAACUUCCCAAGUGGCUAUGGACAGAAGCAGUUAAUACAUCUGUCUAUCUACUAAAUAGAUGUCCUACCAGUGCUGUGCAGGGCAGGACUCCCUUGGAGGCUUGGACAGGUAUCUUUCUAGGCUACAGUCACCAAUCUAAAGGAUUCAGGGUGUAUAAUCUGGAAACUAAGAAGUUGGUUAUUGCUAGAGAUGUGGAGGUUGAUGAGAAAGCAGUUUGGGACUGGACUGAGGGUAUUAUCAAACCCUCUUCUAUUACUACAACUGGCGACAUACAUGCCAGUUCUUCACCUGAAGUGAGAGAAGCAGAUGAUUGUUUUGAUGGUGAUCAUGAAGAUCAGGAUUUCAUGAUUUCUGAUGCUGACAGUCUUGCAGGAGGGAUUACUGAUGCUGUCCUGGAAGAUUAUGAUGAUAGUCUGAAUGAUCAAGGAGGUCUUACUAAUGUCAGUUCUGAAUCUCCAGUGAGGAAAUAUAAAAGUCUUGCUGAUAUAAGUUCUGAAUCUCCAAUGAGGAAGUAUAGAAGUUUUACUGACGUCUAUGAGUAUUGUAAAUUGACUGCAUUAGAGCCCAACACUCUUGGAGAAGCCUUCAAGAAUAGAGUUUGGGCGGAAGCAAUGGAAGAAGAGUUGAAACAGAUUGAGAAGAAUGAAACUUGGCAGUUAGUUGAUCUUCGUGCAGAUAAGGAGGCAAUUGGUGUGAAAUGGGUGUAUAAAACAAAAUUAAAUCCUGACAAUACAGUUCAAAAAUACAAGGCCAGGUUAGUGGCCAAGGGGUAUUCUCAGCAAUUUGGAAAGGACUACACAGAAACCUUCGCUCCUGUGGCUUGUAUGGAAACAGUGAGACUUAUAAUUGCUCUGGCGGCUCAAAAAAAAUGGAAGUUGCACCACCUUGAUGUAAAAUCAGCCUUCUUGAAUGGGUUUCUGGAAGAGGAAGUUUUUGUGCAACAACCACCAGGUUUUGUUAAACAAGGAGCAGAAUCUCAAGUGUUGAAAUUGAACAAAGCUCUCUAUGGUCUUAAGCAAGCUCCAAGAGCUUGGUACAGUAGAAUUGAUGUAUAUUUUACCAGUCAAGGUUUCAAGAAAAGUCCUAGUGAAUCCACUCUCUAUGUCAAAGAAGGAGGAAAUGGGAAAAAGAUAAUAGUAUCUCUUUAUGUUGAUGAUCUAGUCCUAACUAGAAAUGAUGAAGGGCUUAUAGAAGAUUUCAAAAAGAAUAUGAAAGAGAAUUUUGAAAUGAAUGAUUUGGGUCUCAUGACUUAUUUUCUGGGCAUUGAAAUUGAUCAACAAGAAGGACAUGUUUUUAUUUGGCAGCGCAAGUAUACUCAAGAACUUUUGAACCGAUUUGGCAUGGAGGAUUGCAAGGCUGUUGCCACUCCUGUUGUAGCACAUGAGAAAUUUUAUAUAGAAGAUGCCCAAAGGCUGAUCAUGGACUUUACAGAUGCAUGA